AUGAGUUGCCUAGCCUGGAACUGUCGUGGGCUUGGGAACCUACGUACAGGGAGAGAGCUUGUGGAGUUCACACGGGCAAAAGAUCCCUCUGUAGUGUUUGUGGCUGAGACACUUACAGAUGAUGCAAGGCUGGAGAUUAUACAAAGAAGCAUGGAUUAUGAUCAUAGAUGGGUGGUUCCACGGGAAGGUAGAGGUGGUGGCUUGGCAUUGUUUUGGAAGUCUUCAAUAAAUCUGUCAGUAGUGGGGUCGUGCAAGUAUUAUAUUGAUGCUAUCGUAGAUAGGGGUUCAGAAAAUGAAUGGAGGCUAACCGGAUUCCAUGGUGAGCCUGAAACAGCAAGAAGAUCAGAAGCAUGGGAGAAGCUCAGGUAUCUCAAUUCUCAAUCUGAAGUACCUUGGUUAUGCUUUGGGGAUUUUAAUGAGAUAAUUAGACAAGAUGAAAAGGUGGGAGGAGCUUUAAGACCCCAUAAUCAAAUGCAAUUGUUUAGAGAAGUGUUAGACGAAUGUGGGUUUAUGGAUUUGGGUUAUGUAGGAUCUAAAUUCACAUGGGCUAGACAUUUUGACAAUGGUAACUCAAUAUGGGAGAGACUAGAUCGGGGUUUGGCCACUAAUAAUUGGUUUUUAAAAUUUCCUGGUACGAGGGUUCACAAUUUAAGGUGUGAUUCUUCGGAUCACAACCCAAUCCUUAUUGUGUUUUCGGGACUGGAUCCUCCUAAAAGGAAGAAAGUAUUUCGGUUUGAAGAAAUGUGGUUGUCAAAUCCGGGGUGUUCUGAUAUUGUUGAAGCCGUGUGGAAUAGGUGUGAUCAUGAAUCUUUGGAAGGGAUUAUAGGUAGAGUUGAAAAGUGUGGUAGGGAUUUGAGCUGGUGGGAGAAGAAUGUGUUUGGGAAUGUAAGAAGGGAGUUGGAAAAAUUGAAAAAACUUCUACCCAAGGCCGAGAAGGAGGCCAUUCUUAGGGGUGACAAUACUAGGGUUAGAGAACUAAAAAAAGAAAUUGAAGAGUGGCGUGAUAAGGAGGCUACAAUGUGGGCACAAAGAUCAAGAAUUUUAUGGGCAAGACAAGGGGAUAAAAAUUCGAGGUACUUUCAUAAUUGUGCUACGAAAAGAUAUUGGAAAAAUUUGAUUGAAGGUAUGAGAGAUGAAGAAGGUUCAUGGAAGACCAACCCGGAAGACUUUACAGAAAUUCUUGUAAGCUACUACCAUUCACUAUUCAACUCCACGGGUCAUUUGGAUUCUUCACAGGUGUGGGAGUGUGUACCUAGGGUGAUUACUGAUGAGAUGAAUGCCCUAUUAUGCAAAAAAUUUGAAGUACAUGAAGUAGAAGUGGCUUUGAAUCAAAUGGCUCCCCUCAAAGCCCCUGGUCCAGAUGGAAUGUCACCUCUUUUCUACCAACACUUUUGGGGAACAGUUAAUCAUGAUGUUACCGCCUCCAUCCUCAUGUGGCUAAACUCAGUUAAACUUGAUAUGAGUAAGGCCUAUGAUAGGGUGGAAUGGCCUUUUUUGGAAGGUAUAAUGAGGAGGAUGGGUUUCAAUGAAGGAUGGAUAAAUCUGAUUAUGUUGUGUGUUAAAACUGUUACAUACUCGGUGUUGGUGAAUGGAGAACCUUGUGGAAUGAUUCACCCUACAAGGGGUAUUAGGCAAGGCGACCCCAUUUCCCCUUUCCUUUUUUUGCUAUGCACUGAAGGGUUGAAUGGGUUGCUCAAAAAAGCAGAAAGGAAUGGGGAUAUCCAUGGUUUCUCCCUUUGUAGAAGAGGCCCAAAACUAACACAUUUGCUUUUUGCAGAUGAUAGUCUCCUUUUUUGUAGGGCAACAAUGGAGGAAUGUGGCAAAGUAUUGGAGAUGUUAAAUGCCUAUGAAGUUGCUUCCGGCCAAAAAAUAAAUAGAAGCAAGACAGCACUGUUCUUCAGCAAAGCAACUAACGGAGCUUUAAAGGAGCAAAUUAAAGAGGCGUGGGGUGUACCAGAAAUUAUGCAAUAUGAGAAAUACUUGGGUCUACCAUCUUUUGUGGGGAAAAGGAAAAAAGCAAGUUUCAAUUACAUUAAGGAGCGUGUGUGGAGAAAACUUCAAGGAUGGGAAGGGAAAUUACUUUCAUAG